GAUUAAUGGAAGAAUAAUAAUAACAAAACUAUAGUGACUUGGUGAAUCAAGAAAUCUAAUAGUAAAAUAAGCCCAUCAAAUGGGAAGUAGAAGGGAAGAUGCCCCAAACAAGAGUGGGACAGAUGAAAAAAGAAGCCGUCUACAUUUUCUGGUUCGAAUUCUUAGGCACAUUCAUGCUAACCUUUUCCAUCUAUGCCAGCAAGUAAAGUCAUUAUAAUACUUCAAGCAAUAACCUAUUCGUUUUCAGUUGUGCAUAUGGAAUGUUAAUUCUGGUCGCCCAAAAUCAGAAGUGCUCAUUCAAUCCUGCAAUUACCACUGUCUUAUCUGCCAAUGACAAGGGUCUAUGGGUAUCAGUGGCUAUUGCCAGCUAAUUUGGUGGAGCAUUUUUGGCUAGCAUGCUUGGUUUCUUUUGCUUUAAGAAUUAGUAAAAAUUUUGUAGAUUUUGUUCUAGUGUAAAUGAUGUUCCAUAUUUGUCUUAAACUACAUUCGAGGAAUAUUUCGCAGUCAUAAUAGGAGAGGUCUUAGGCUCACUUAUACUGACUGCUGGCUUUUUGUUUUAGUAUGAUGACUUGAUGGAUUUCACAAGCGAUAGAUUAGAACAUAGUAUUAUAAUCAGUGGAUUAUAUGGAGUUGGCAGAACUCUUAGUUAUGUUGCCAAAAGCAGUCUGAAUCCAGCUAUUGCUAUGGGGUAUAUAUUGGGAUAAAAAUUUAGAUUAGUAUUUUUUGAGUGUUGUAAAGAUGGCCAUUGGGCUAGAUUUUGGAAUCUGUGGAUUUAUGCAGGAUUACCAUUUGUUGGAGCUUUCAUCUCAUUGACAUUGAUUAGAAUAUUAUACAAGGAUUGUUAUGAGAAAUAGAUUAAGGCCGGUUUAAAAUAAUGAAUGAUAAGUGUUUGAC